AUGCCAGUUACAGCAGCCAUGCACCAUCUAAGAGCUUGGCGUGACCGUCAACGAGCCCGUCAGGAUCAUGAACGCAUCAACACGGAGGAGGAGGAGGAAGAAGACGAGAUUGUCAUGACACAUCCACUGGAAGGGGCCGAAGAGCAGCAACAGCAACAACCUCCCGCUCUUGCGGAUUCCACUUCGUCCUCCGAAGAAGAUGACGACGACGACGACGAAGAUAUUGAGAAUCAGAGACGAACCAUGGCAGCACCAGAAGAUGAAGGAUCCUCUCCCACUUUGGCUUCCACUGUGAAUGCCAGACGGUCCCGCGGUCGACGGUCCUCUUCCACAAGCUUGCGCCGCAGCCGAUUUACCUUGGAAGAGUUGGAAGAAGAACGUGAGUUGGCUCGCAGACGAACCAGUGGUUGUGUCUUGAUUGCUGCCUUUGUCCUCUUUCGACUAUGGAUUCAAGCGGUGGCUACUUCGGAUUUUGGGUUGUUGCUGUUGUGUUUGGUGGGAACGAGUUGGACGGCUCGAUUCAUUCGUCACAAUCGGGAGCGAGAGGAGCAUUUGGAUCGUUUGAUUGUGGAAUCCAACGAAAAUGGAGGAACCGCAAGUGCAGGUAGUGGUGGUGGUGACAUGAGAAUCUUGUCCUUUCAGGCACAGUUGGCCUUGGCCAUUAUUGAAUCUCAGCGACAAGUGAUGCAAGGUGGUUAUGGACAUCCAGAUGGUCUCCAAAAUACACCAGGAGUCAGUGAGGAAGCCAAGGAACAUUGGAAGAAAUUUCCUUUCAAGGCAAGUGAAGGACUACCAGAUUCCUGUGGACACAAGUCCAUGGGAGAUGAUGAAGAACCACAUUGUUCCAUUUGUCUUUGUGAAUACGAAGAAAAGGACGAUUUGGUCUGCUUGCCCUGUGGUCACGUGUACCAUGGCGACUGUAUUUCCUCAUGGUGCUCCAAUCAUCAACGAUGUCCUCUUUGUAAUUUGGAUUUGGAAUCUGUAACAAAGGAGGACGAUGCCACCAGUGCCACUACUUCGUCUUGA